AUGGACGAUCUCACAUACUCUUCUUCAGUCCACAGCUUCCAUGCACAGACAUCACCAUCCGAAGUGGACAACCCUUAUGACCAUGGGCAUCUCUGGCAGUCAUUAGACUACUACGGGAUAGGCACCGAAAUCCCGCCAGCUUUCAUCCAGCCUGGGUUCCCAUCUUCGACGUUUCCGGGCUUGGUCCAUGUGCAGAAUCCGACUCAUUUCGCCACGCCUUCUCAAUCACCCAUCCAGAUCGGUCGCACUGACAGCAUAAACUCCUCGGUACUGGAGUUACACGCAUCAUCACGCUCAGAAUCACAAGAUCAAAGUGUCUCGAGGCGGCACUCGAAAGACCAAGAGUCCGAGCCAGCAUGUGCUGGCCAGCAUCACCAGUCCAAAUCUUGCGAGCUCUGCCAGAGCGACAAGAGAGAGAAACGGAAAGAGCAAAACCGCAAAGCCCAAAGAAAGCAUCGACUGCGAAGCGAAGCGAGACUGGAGCAGCUGCAGACCAAAUUGCAAGAGCAGACCGAGGAGAUCGCAAGCCUCAAGGAGGUCAAUGAAUCCCUGCUUAAACGUAUUGAGCAUCUCAACGGUGUUGGUGGUCAUGGAGAGCCAUGCUAA